GUUCAUUGUAUAAUUUGUAUAAACACACGGCGACUGGCCUGUGAUCGAAAAGAGCAUACAGCAGAAACGUCAACAGCAACUCCAUGUAGCAGGUGUAACACAUCGACCAAUGAGAGUAAAGUAGGAUCGUUUUACAUGGCACUCUAGGUCCGUCAUUGUCAUUACGACUCUCAAACCGAGCCUCCACACUGUUUCAGCGGACUAUCAUACUCAUUGUGUUAUGUUGUAGCUUUGAAUUUACCAUUUGCUAGCAGUGCACCUGCCCUCGCAACUUGACAUCAUGAUUAAGCUUCACCAACCAAGAAAUUUACCCUCUUCCAGCAACAAUUCCCCCACCAAAGCUGCCCAAAACUUUAGUCUUGCAGAUAUAUACGAAGGAGCACUGAGGAAGGUUCUUAAUCUGCAACUCAACCUCAAAAUCGAAGACCAGCCUCGAUUUCAUGACAGAAAUGACGUCACGCACCAAGGAAAAUCAUCACCUCCAARACCGACUGCCAUUCGAAUCGAAGACGACAAACAUCGCGAUGAAUAUCRACAUCGUAGACACAAAAGCGACGAGGAAAACGAUUCUCGAAUCGCUCCUCAAGGGCAUAACAUACUUCGCAAGCUAGGCGAACGAAGCACAGCCGAGGGCUCGGCCUUUCACGUGCCAUCAAAGAGACGAUAUGACGCUGUAGGAUACGAGCGAGAAUCAGAGUUCACUGUGGAGCACUUCGGGAUGACGAGGCACGGUGGGUCUGAGUACCCUGUAGAAUAUGGACACUCUCAUUACCACCCUCACAUAUAUGGACCCAGGAGGGAUCCUUUACGGCGUGCUCGGUUAGCCCCUUCGUAUGUCGGGCCUAGAAGCAUGCUACAUGAAUCUUACUCUCGUUUUUCAAGACAUCAAAGGGACAUCCCUCCAUUGUUUCCAGUCCGCUGCUCUUCCAUAGAGCGCGACGGGCAACCAACGCCGCGGAGUACUGAGACUGUGGGACGUGAUUAUAAAUACCCGGAUGCACCUUGUUUGAACGGUGGUCGUAUGUCGAAGUAUUCMAACUCCAAGAUGGGAAAAGAAGAAAACGAUAAACUUGAAGAAACUUUUAACAAGGCAAUCGAUAAUCUAACGCACCAGAUACARCCGAGCUCACCCCGACAUUCUCCCGARCGAAAAUCGCCGCAUUCUGAACGAUAUCAGCCUUACGGUCGGAGAAUUCGACCCAGUCCACCAGCAAACACAGAAGUCCAAACCAACGGAGAAAAUAACUAUAAAUCUCUUGAAAACGUUGUAAAACAAGAGAAUAAUAAAGUUAAUGUAGAAGACGGCGAAAAGGAAGAGUUCUUGUCUAACUUAGGACUUGCUCGAAUAUAACAGAGAGUUUAAGCAUAUUCUCAAUCGAUACGCUAAUGUAAUGUAUAAAUUAAUAAAUAAACCGAUUGAUUAUCGAUUGAUUUUAA